CAUGUUGGUACAACGGCAACCAAAAAAAUUGAUGUCUACCUCCCACUGCACACAAGCCAAGACAAACUACAGCCCAUGACAGUUGUGACGAUAGCAAAUGCCAAGGUGCAUGACCUGAUUGGACUAAUAUGCUGGCAAUAUACAAGUGAGGGACGGGAACCAAAACUGAACGACAACGUCAAUGCCUACUGUCUCCAUAUUGCUGAGGACGAUGGCGAGGUUGACACAGAUUUUCCACCCUUGGAUUCCAAUGAACCCAUUCACAAGUUUGGCUUCAGCACUCUGGCACUGGUUGAAAAGUACUCGUCCCCCGGCCUGGCAGCCAAACAGUCGCUCUUUGUGCGCAUAAAUGCUGCUCAUGGAUUCUCACUUAUUCAGGUGGACAGUAUGAAGGUCACCAUGAAGGAUAUCUUACAAAAGGCCUUAAAGAGAAGGAAGGGAUCACAGAGAGGCUCAGGUCCUCAGUAUCGGCUGGAGAAGCAGAGUGAACCUAAUGUCCCAGUAGAUUUAGACUGUACCUUGGAGAGCCAGAGCACUUUGGAAUUCUGCCUUGUCCGGGAGAACAGUUCAAGAGGAGAAGAGGUCUCAGAGGAGGACCCUCAGAUCGAUAUAGCUACAGUUCAGGACAUGCUCAGUAGCCACCAUUACAAGUCCUUCAAAGUCAGCAUGAUCCAUAGGCUUCGAUUCACCACUGAUGUUCAGUUAGGUAUUUCUGGAGACAAGGUAGAGAUAGACCCUGUUACUAAUCAGAAGGCCAGCACUAAGUUUUGGAUUAAGCAGAAACCCAUUUCAAUCGAUUCUGAACUCCUCUGUGCCUGUGACCUUGCGGAAGAAAAAAGCCCAAGUCAUGCAAUAUUUAAACUUACAUAUCUAAGCAAUCAUGACUACAAACACCUUUACUUUGAAUCAGAUGCUGCUACUGUCAAUGAAAUUGUACUGAAGGUUAACUAUAUACUAGAGUCGCGAGCAAGCACAGCCAGAGCAGAUUAUUUUGCUCAGAAACAAAGAAAACUGAGCAGGAGAACAAGCUUUAGCUUCCAGAAGGAGAAGAAGUCGGGACAGCAGUGACACUUAGCCUCGAGGAGAGCCUGACUGCCGCGUUGGGAGGAGGAGAUGCUCCCCACCGCCCGAGACAGGUGGGAGCCAGGACUGCGGAGCUCCUGCUGCCAACGGGCAGGAGCAGCGGGGAGAAACCUGCAUUAUCCCGUGUCUCACGGCUGGAAGAUUAUCCCUCAUUGGUGAUGGGAAGUCUCCCCUGUGACAAAAAUAAAGAGCCAUAUCAGCCGGAGAGAAGACUAUUACGCUUCAGGUUCCUUUGAUUAGAAAUAAGAGAAUGACGUAGACUGGCAUCAUUUAAUUACUGUAUUAUGUACAAUCACAAGAAGAGAUGUGAUUACGUAUUAUUUCACAGCCUGGUUAAAAUAAAUUAUAUACAUCUGUAAUACACCCACGUACACACAGGUAUUGCUUGUGACAUGAUCAAAUUUCUAAAAACAAAAUGUAGGACAAAUGUAUCCAUUUUUACUAUUAAUAAACAGAUGUAAUCUUUUUCAAGGUCCACA